AGUUGUGGUCUUCCAGUGUCUACCAAGCAAGAGAUAGAGAGUUGUUGGGAAGUAAAGAACCCCAAGAUAAACAGCAGAAACCCAUCUGACCAGCCAGGAUGGCUGGCUUUCUUUUUCUUUAUGCUAUUAGACAUUACAUUGUUUCUCUGGCUGUGGGAAUCUGCCACAGAGUCCCACAAAGGGCGGGACAUACCUGUCUUGAUGGACAUUCAGAAAUGGAAAGACCGACCCGCCGUGGGGUGCACAGGCCUGGCCCCAUCGGCGCCCAUAUUCUUGGAUGGUCGGGAAGACACUGCUGGUUACCCCUCUCUUCAGCCUCCAUGUCCCUGUGCCAACGUUUAGAUAAGGUCAAUGGGGUGACAGUUCACGGAGCCACGCCCCUCUUCAGUGCUUGCUGCAGUGGCAGCACUGCGUGCGUCAACGUGCUGCUGGAGUUUGGAGCCAAGGCCCUGCUCGAGGUGCACCUGGCUUCACCCAUCCACGAGGCAGUAGAGAGAGGUAAUAGAGAAUGCAUGGAGAUUCUGCUGGCAAAUAACGUUAACAUUGACCAGGAAGUGCCUCACCUUGGAACUCCCCUGUAUGUGGCUUGCACCUAUCAGAGGCUAGACUGUGUGAAGAAGCUUCUAGAAUUAGGAGCCAAUGUUGACCACGGCCAGUGGCUGGACACCCCCCUCCAUGCCGCCGUGAAGCAGAACAGUGUGGAAAUCAUCCACCUGCUGAUAGACUACGGGGCUAACCUCAAGUGCAGAAACGCUCAGGGCAAAAGUGCGCUUGAUCUGGCAGCUCCGAAAAGCGGCGUGGAGCAGGUGCUCCUGCUCCGGGAAGGCCCGCCUGCUCUUUCCCAGCUGUGCCGCCUGUGUGUCCGGAAGUGCUUGGGUCGCAUCUGUCAUCAGACCAUCCACAAACUGUAUCUGCCGGAGCCCCUGGAAAAAUUCCUCCUAUACCAGUAGUCCCAACUGUCCACGAGAAGAUACUUGGAAAUAAACAGGUUGUUGCCUGCUGUACCCAGGGUACCUAGUGUAACACCCAACAGCUAGACUCUCAAAUGAGCUAAGCUAGUUAGAGCACAUCCCUGAUGGACUGGCACACGUGGGGAAUGAAAACUCCUGGUUAGUUUAAUGUUCUCUUUAACCAAGGGGCAAUCAGAAACUUUUCUGUUUUUAGCUCUUGUUGUUAAGAAACUUUAAAAAAUUGUGAAGUAGGGUGAAAUUAAUAGGCUGUUUUUCAAGAUUCAUGAUCUUCGAUUAUCUAAGGAUCACUGUUCUGAAUAGCGUGUAGACACAUAUAAAUCUGGGUGGAUAAGAUUAGGAUGAAUAUAAGUAUUCCAAGAUGGGUUCCUGAUUUAGUUCUUCCCUUCUUCCCCCUUUCUUUCUUUCCUUCCAUGAAUAAAUC